UCUUUAUAAAUGUUCUGUAUUUAUGUGGUUUUUGUUAGCUAUUUUUGUUUUUUUAACAUGAUUAAAAGAUCUGAUUUAGGAGCUGGAGAGAUGGCUCAGAAAUUAAAAGUGCGGGCUGUGCUUGUAGAGGAUGCAAGUUCAGUUCCUAGCACCUACACAGGGUGGCUAACAAUCACCUGUUAUUAAAGCUUGAGGGGAUCCUGUACCCUCCAUGGGCACUGCACUCAUGUACACAAACCUACAAAUAUGUACAUAAUUUAAUUUUUUUAUUUACAAAAGAAAAAUAAAUUUUCUGAUGUAUACUCCUCUCCUGAAGCCUAUUUCUGGUCUUCCACAAUUUCUGCUGAGGUUUUGGUGUUUUGUUUCGUUUUUAUGUCUUGUAACCUUUUUCUUGUUUAAAAAAAUGGACAGGUUUGAUUUUAUUAAUAAGAACUUUUAAAAUUCCUGCUACAGUGUGACUGUUGUUUUCUUUGAUCUUGAGAUGAAUCUGAACCCGGGUGGGAGCGCUUGGUUAGUGCUGACUGCCUGAUCUAUACUCUGCUGCAAAAGCAUGCACAAUCUAUAAAUGGAUUAUAAUCUAUAGAGUUCAGUGCUCCUAGAUUAGUUCGAAACUAGCACAUUAUUUUUAAUAAAAUGUGUGCUUUGUGGGGGGAGGGGACCUAAGAAUUAAUUGUGGUUACAGGUACCUAAGGUCCUUACUGAGUCUUGACUGUGGUAUUAGUGAAGAUUUAUGAAUGCUUACUGUGUGCCUGGCAAGGCUGAGCCUUUUCCAUGUGUGACCUUGUGUUGUCCUGGAUGAAGUUGGUGCUCAUGGUUCAGAUGAAGAGUGAUGGGUAGAGGAGUUAGGAACUGACCCUGUCACCCACCUCACGAAUGUGGGAUUGUGGGUAAAUACCUGGGCCACUGUGGCCCUGCCUGCUUCCCAGUGGGUGUGGAAGGACUUGUUUAAUUACAUCUUUUUUCUUUUGUAGUAGGCUAACCUGGUUUUUUAUUUCUUUUUACAGCCAUCCACAGUCAGUUUUAACUUGCUCAUGGAAGCUGGAGAAUUAUGUCUCUGUGUGUAGGCUCCAAGUAUGAAAUCAUUGUAUAUUUCUCUUUAGAUAUAUUUGCUUUUCUGUGUGUGAAGGAAGGUUCCAUUUGAGCAGGGAGACUGACUUUCAAAUGAGGGUUCUUUGUUGGAUGAAAGUGAAGCAAACUUUCAUUUUGGCAGCAACAGGGAAGAAGUAAACAUCAGUAUAGCGCAGACCUGGGCUCCCAGCUCACUUUGCUCAACUCUUCCAGACCCCUGAGCAAACACAGAUGGGUUUCCACUUCUCAGUUUUAUGUAGCAAGUUCUUUAGACUAUAAAUUCCAAAUGCUACUUGGAAUUUUUCAAUGUUUGCUUGAUUGCAUGCCAUGGGCAGGUCACAAGCCUUGGUUUAUAUGAUAUAAAGGUUUUAGAAGGUGGUGAUGAGUACUAAGGUGUCUUUUUUUUUUUUUUUUUUAUUUUGGACUAUAUUAUGGUCUCUCCUAAUGGUGAUUCUUAUGUUUAACUCAGGUCUAAAUGACUAAAUUUCCUGGUAAUUUCGUGGCAGGAGCUUUGAAAACCUGAUUUUUAAGAAGUAGAAUGGGGGUGGUCUUUGAAAAGGUGGUGUUCUGAAUUUAGUCCUGAUGUGCAAAAAAUUCCAGGAAUGAUUAAUAAAAGUAGAGAGGCUGGAGGGUGGCAUGGGGAAAGGCUUGGUGAAGCUGAGCUGCCCCCAUCCUUGCCAUCAUCAAAUACUGUGACUGUGACAUUUUGAAGUGUUGUUUUGAGUAUUUGCUUUUAAUCCUAGAACCUCAUGAUUGUAUUUUCACCUCUUAGUGCCUAGUAAUUGUAGGAAUGAAAAGAAGAGGGUGUGUGCAGCCAGCUGAUAACUCAGCGGCACGGGCUCAGGUGGCAGGCGGCAGAGACGUGACUCAUGGUGCUGCUUCCCUAGACGAAGCCCUGGGAGGCCCUUGAAGGGGUCUGGGCUCUCGCUCCACUGCAGCCUUCAUCUUGCCUCUGAAAUACUGACACAAGAUGUCCAGGCUCGCUCUCUUCAUAGAUCUGCUACGCUUUUUAAAAAUACAAAGUUUGUUUUCUUUUUAAAGCACAGUGAAAUGAAAUGAGGUGUUUUCAUGACGUGGUCUCCUUGAGCCUCCACCACAGCAGUCUGUGUGUGUGUGAUGCAUCUUUGCACCAGCGCAGUGCACCAGUGCAGCAGCUCUCAGCUCCAAGAUGCUCUCUCCUUAGAGUUCUAUGCAGAGGGCUUGUGGGAUUACUUUGUGUGUGGAUUUUGUUGUUGUUUUUGAUGGUUUUUUGGUUUUAUUUUUAGUUUUUUUGCUAGCAUUGUGUGAUAGUAUUUUGGUAUUAAUAAUCAAGCUUCAUUUGUACUACUAAUCUUUAAAUAAGAAAAUUAUGUUACUUAUUUUUUUUUAAUUUACUGCUAAACAUAAAAAAUCAACACUGUUGAUUAUUGAAAUUCACCACUAAUUAUUUCCAUGAUCGAUACUGUAGGAAAAAAAGGACCUUGUUGUUUAGAUUAUCUGUCAUUAAUAACUGUCUCUUCAGAAGAUAGAGUUUCACGUUGGCCUAAAAAAGAAGCUUUAACUUUCAACUGAAAUUCAACCCUUGAGUGCCCUUUGCCCCCUCUACACACUGGUUAAGGGGGGUCCUUUUCCCGUCUGCAUUGUCUUGGUUUGCAGGACUGUGUAGCCCUCUGCAUAGCUGUGCCAAAUCACAGCACAUGCAGGAGUGUUUUUUCUUAUUCCUAUUGGUGUCUCCGUCACUGGGGAUAGAGCCAUGGCCAUGGGGUUUGAUUUGUACAGUCCUUAGGUAGAGUGGCUGCAAUAUUAUUUGAAUGCAGCCAUUGUAGACAGUUUUGUAGGUUAUUUAUGUUUUAUUUCAUUGCAUUUACUGAGUUGAUUGUAAUGUUAAAAUAGGCAUUUAUAUGACACAGUAACAUUAUAUUUUAGCAUUUAUUUUGUCUUACUAAGGAAAUUUAGAAGUGAUAUUGCAAGUGAUAAUUGAUCUUUAUGAAUAAAAAUUACCACUAUACUUAGGUGAAACAAAGCAAGUAUGUUUUGCUUGUUUGCAAUGUGUUUUAAUUUUUACAACUAUUUAUAGAUUUAUUACCUCCUUUGCCAAAAGAACUACAGUAAAUAAAAACACAUGUUGGUGUAGCCUUUUCUAAGAAGGAAGACUCCAGAGCAACCUUUUAAGGGCUGCUUUUGUAGUCAUUGAGUAUGUUGAUACGUGUCUCCUCACCUGAUGGCCUUGUGUGUCUGUCUGCCCAUGCCUUUCUGCUUUUCCUGCCCGGACGGCCCGACGGCAACACCACAACCACAGGAGCUGGACGAGCCAAAUCGAGUCAGAGGCGCGUCCACAAGGAUGUCCAAGGAAGUUAAGAACUGGUGCAUGAAAAGAUAGGAAUGGAGUUCAGACCCUAGCGUGUCAGAGGCAAGCUUGUAACACAGCUUGCUGAUGACCGCAUGGCACUGGUGUCAGGCAUCAGCUUAGAUCCAGAAGCAGCAAUUGGUGUGACAAAGCGGUCACCUCCCAAAUGGGUGGAUGGAGUAGAUGAAGUCCAGUAUGAUGUUGGCCGCAUUAAACAGAAGAUGAAGGAGUUGGCCAGCCUUCAUGACAAGCAUUUGAACAGACCCACCUUGGACGACAGCAGCGAGGAAGAGCAUGCCAUCGAGAUAACCACCCAAGAGAUCACACAGCUCUUCCACAGGUGCCAGCGUGCCGUGCAGGCCUUGCCCAGUCGGGCACGAAGGGCCUGCUCUGAGCAGGAAGAGCGGCUACUGCGGAACGUGGUGGCCUCCCUGGCACAGGCCCUGCAGGAGCUGUCCACCAGCUUCCGGCACGCACAGUCCGGCUACCUGAAACGCAUGAAGAACCGAGAGGAAAGAUCACAGCAUUUCUUUGACACAUCGGUGCCACUAAUGGAGGAUGGAGAUGAUGCUGCUUUGUAUGGUCAGGGUUUCACGGAUGACCAACUGGUACUGGUAGAGCAGAACACACUGAUGGUGGAGGAGAGAGAGCGGGAGAUCCGUCAGAUUGUACAGUCCAUUUCUGACCUCAGUGAAAUCUUCAGGGACUUGGGAGCCAUGAUUGUGGAGCAGGGUACAGUCCUUGACAGAAUUGACUAUAAUGUUGAACAGUCCUGUGUCAAGACCGAAGAUGGCUUGAAACAGCUUCACAAGGCAGAGCAGUACCAAAAGAAGAACCGGAAGAUGCUCGUGAUCUUGAUACUGGUUGUCAUCAUCGUAGUCCUCAUUGUGGUCCUCAUCGGCGUAAAGUCUCGUUAGUGGCGCCAAGUUCUUGAGACUGCUACUGCAUGGAUUCCUUGGGUAUGAGGGCUUCGCUGGCGCCACACUGCUGUACUGCCCACAGAAUGCAGCCCACUGGCCCAGCAACGGGCAGUGGACCUUCCUGUGGACGCCCCUCCUGUAGACUGGAGUGCAGCAGGCUCAGCUGUGGGUUUCCAUCUCUGUCCAGAGUUUAAGGACUGGAAGCUGUUGCUGAGGAGACUGGCCCUGUGACCAGCUGUCAUAUAAAGAUGUUUUCUAGAAAGCGAGAGGAGAAAAGGUUUCCAGGCAGUGCUGAGCACCAGUACGAUGUGUGUGAAUGAAGGUUUCCAGGCAGUGCUGAGCACCAGUGUAAUGUGUGUGUGUGCUCACUUUUAGCACUCAUGUCUGAGCAGCAUGUUAACUAAGUUUUAGGAAAUUUUUUUUAACCAUCUGGUUUUUAAGAAGUUUGGUACCAAAAAUUUAUGAGUAGAGGCAGAAUGCCUCUUCAUCUUCCCAGCUGAAAACAAACCAAGAAGUCCUUCAAGAAUUUAUAAUCCAUUCCCCAUUAACUUAAUUUAGCUUUUCCAUCACUGUUAACGAUCAGAGUAACAAAGUGUGAAAAAUAAGAAACCAUCAUUGAUGUUAAUUAACACAUUUAGACGGGCCAGUUAAACCAGCUUCAUGCGUUUAAAUCAAUUGUAAAUAGCGUAUUCCUCAUUCAGAAUUUUGCACUGUAUUUUCUACUGUAAACUAAGAGCGGUUACUAAGCAAAACCUCCUGAAUCAGAGAGUUGGCCAUUUGAACCAACCUCACAUUAUAAGAAAGCUUGACAGUAUCAUGAACUAGAUUGAGCCAGUGUGUCUCCAGUCAUCCUUACUCAGUCCAUUACUUAUAUUCUAGCUACGUAAUGACCUGUCCAAACCUGACUCCAUUUAAUGAACUGUAAAUUUACACAGAGGCCAUUUUAAAUGGGUCACCCCAUUUAGGAUUAGUGGAUCUCGAAUUAUUAACCAAACAUCACUCCAUUUCAAAGUAAAAUAUUCUCCCCAUGAUUUGAUUUAUCGACUCUUCCAUUGUCACUUAGCAAUGCCCAGAAAGCAGGGAUAUUCCUGAGGACAGUGAGAGCCCUAUGUGUAUGCUUGCUGUGUGUGUGUAUGUGUGUGUAUGUGUAGAUAUGCGUGCUCUGUGUAUUCACGUGCACUAUGUGUAGAUAAGUGUGCUCUGUGUGUGUGUGAGUGCACAUAUCACAUACAUAUCAGAUUGCCAAAGUAAGGUUCUGUUUACUUACUUGUUAACUCUGGUGCUCGCGUGCUCUGCAGAGCUAGAGUGAUGUGGACAGUGACGGAGCUUUGAAAAUGAGGGUGUGAGUAUCUCAUUUGCCGUCUUCAUUGACACUGCUGUCAUUUUAGUAGUCUUUUUAAAACUGUCUCUGCCUCUCUUAAAUGAUUUAAGAGUGUGGCCUGUUAAGUGUGCCACAGUUCCAUUAUUUAAGAGUCUGGGACUGUUGAGUGUGUCACAGUUCCAUUAUUUAAGAGUCUGGGACUGUUGAGUGUGUCACAGUUCCAUUUGUAUAUAUGCAAAUGUAUGUAUUACAGAUAUCAUUGAAGCGGUGGCUCAAAACUCUAACUCAUGCAGACCUACCAUUAGCUCAGCCUCCCUGCCCAGGCUGUGGGAUAUUGGGGUCCAGAGGUUUACCAGAUCCUUUGGUGACAUAGUAGGGAGCAUUGGGAAGGGGAGUCAGCACCUACCCCAUCACUUCAGAAUCCUACAGGCCUCUUCCCACAGACGAGCUGCUCCUGGGUGGACUGGUCAAAUUAGGAGGCCUGCUUCAAGCAAUCUGUGGAGCAUGCUGAGUCAUUGUGAAAGCCUUGAAGAAAAGUGACCUUUUAAGAAAGGAGCACCAUUUAUUUCUAUUUAUUUCCCUGAAUAGAGUUUUUUUUUUUUUUUUUCCCCAGGGGGGAGGUAGUUUUUCCCCAACCCUUCUGGGUAACCUAACAGUUCUGGUUAGAAAUUGUCCCAAGGACCUGUGGAAAGAGGGACUGUCUGUCCCCUUCUGCUUGAAGACAGUAUGGUUCUGGUCUGGGCCCAGCCACCCUGAUGGUCAUCCUGGAGCUGGAUCAGAGCCUUGUGCACUAGCUCUUCGGGGACCCCACUGCUCUCUUGGGUUGAGCCUGUCUUGGGGGAAAGAUUAGAAACCUGUGAGGACACAAGAGAAGUUAGUACCAAUGUCCUAGUAGGGGCCUCAGGAUAAUUGAUUUUGGAAGAGGACUCUUCUGUCUGCUGACAGCCACUGUCUAUGGGCUCCUCCUGCCCUUCAGUCUAGCCGCGGAGGUGACAAUCACAUCUCUCCCUGUGCCUGGGAAGCACCAUGGGGAAGAAGCCCAACCCCUGGACACCACCUUCCACUGUCCUGGGUGACUUCUGUAGAGUGGGGUGGAAGGAGAGAGAAGUGUUGGUCCUUUGGGUCCCCUGAUCUUUCCUAAGACUAGCCGAAAACUGCUGUCCAUCUGUCUGUCUGUGGCUGGAGGGGGGAGGUAGUGUUGGGGUGCUGGCUGGGCCACUGUGUGAAGCAGCGUGUGUCUAAUUGAACGGAUGUUCCGCGCUCCGCUAAUUGAGAGAGCGUUAUUUAUUUGUUUUGACACAGUGCUCGCAGUGUUUCAGCCCAGCUAAUGGCUUCUUAAAGGUAAUAAAACCCUCCAACCUAAUUGGCCAGAUAAGACUGUUUGCCUUGUGUGCUUAAAUAAAGCAAUUAGUGGAGCGCUUCUAUCCAAAAUGACUUUUUUCUGUCCUAACUAAUUCACCGCUACUGGAAACUUUGUACAAUAAAGCAGUCUCACAGAUGAAGAGCA